AUGGUCAACAUCCCCAUCAAAUGUGCCGGUCCACCUCCUGUCAACUGGACCGCAUGGGGCCAUCUGUCCUCUUGUGGAAUCGCUGAUGUUGCCAGAGGCGAACUACAACUAUUCGACUUUGACCGCGUCAGCUCCUACGGCGAGUAUACGGUCAACAACUACUGUCUUGGUCAUGGUCGAAGCCCUGGGAGCGAGAGUCCUCUGGGCCGAGAAUCUGGCCACCUCUAUACCUGUUUCCUCGGUCUUGAAAUCAACGGGUCUUGA